AAAUUGGAAACCGCGAGCUCUUCCAUUUCCAUGGAGUUUGGGGGACGCUCAGUUUAAUCCUGCCUCUGCCUCAUCCACAUUUCACAAUCCCACUCGUACAAGCACACUACUACUUCUUAUUCGUGCUUUAGGCAUCCACUGUUCUUCCUUUUUCUCAUCCACUUUCAUCUUUAUUUCUUUAUUUCUCUCUUUCUCAUUCACUGUCUGAAUUGCGUUUUUUCACCUUCAUUCAGUCCUCUGCUUAAGCUGACACUGUCUUCCUCACAUUGAGCAAAUAAACCUGUUUCUUAACCGCUUCUCCUUUCACAUCACGUGGGCUUCUGACUUCCGAGUCUUCUGACCUUUCUUUUUCCUUUCUUUGGUAGCUUCUUUGCUGUUUCUUUGGUUACCUGGGCUUCGAGUUCUUUAUUAUGGGUUAUCCUUAUUCAAUUUAUUUUAUCCCUCAGAAAUUAAAGAACUUCAAAAAGUCGUGGCUUCAGGGUGUCUAAUUUGUCUCCUUUUCUAUAUCUGUGUCUAGUUUAGCAUUCAUGGCUCCAUAAGUAUCGUUAGCUUUUGCUUGGUUGGAGCUAAGCUAAUCCAAGUUCAAUCUGAAUUUUGGCCACGUAAGUAUUAGCAAAGUGGGCUUCUUUGCUUUCUCUUGCGCUCUGAUUCUUGUUCAUGAGAUGGAGUCCUGGAGUUAUGAUUCUGAAGAAAAAGGGUUUGUGUCCAACGAUACACACUCACCUCCUAAUACACUUCCCAGGAGUAAAGGUUCCAUCUUGGGAUGGGAAUUGAAGAGUCCCUCUGGUAUCUCCAGCGACAUGUUAUCCUCCGGUCAGCCAAAUGUAGAAUAUCAAGGUUUUGAGGAAACGGGUUUUCCAGAAAUGUUGGACAAACAAUUGUCCGAUGAUCCAAUUAGUAGUGUGUCGAACAGAAAGCUCGACGGUGGUCCUUCUAUGGUUGCUGCCCCAAUUGCGAUUUCUGGAGUUGAAGACUCCAAUUCGAAGCUUUCUAACUCCGUGGUUGAAUCUAACGGUCGAGAUUCGCUCAUUGAUUUGAAGCUUGGACGAUUUGGCGAUCCCAGAGAAGCCAUGGAUUCGGCAUUCUCCAAAGGAACCCCUAUUUUAUCUUCUUCAGAAUCAUCGGCUCCGACCAAGAGAGUACGAGGUUCGGGGGUUCAUUCACAAACCGCGUACUGUCAAGUUUAUGGAUGUAAUAAGGAUCUGAGCGCCUCUAAAGACUACCACAAGAGGCACAAAGUUUGCGAGGCUCACUCGAAGACUUCCAAAGUUAUAGUCAACGGCAUCGAACAGAGAUUUUGUCAGCAAUGUAGUAGGUUCCACUUGCUGGCUGAAUUUGAUGAUGGUAAGCGUAGCUGUCGCAAACGCCUUCAAGGUCAUAACGAGCGCCGGCGAAAGCCACAAGUCGGUGUUCACUCUGGAAAGGCUGCAAGAUUGCUUCCACCAUACAGUGAUGGUAGAUUCCAGGGCAUCAUGCCAACAAGUGCAUCUUUUAUCUGCCAAGAAAUACUUCCUACCGGGACUUUGCGCUCCGAUAAAUAUGGGACAAAUGACUGGUGGAGACCUAUAAAGAACGAAGAUGGGAAUGAUUUUAGGCAUCUUCCUGCUGUUCCUAUCGCAAAUGGACACCCUCCGUCAAGAUCUCUAUUCCCUUCAUAUAAUGAAAGACAGUUUCCUUUUCUUCAUGAAAAUGGUGCUACAUCCAGUACUGGAAGCAUCUUCUGUGAGAACAACAGUCAGUAUCCACCUCCUGCCAUGGGUCCAAAUUCUGUGGCGCAACCUUUAUUCCAAGACACUUCCUUAAGAAGUGAGGACUUCAACGUUUAUGAUACCACAUCAACGAUUCAGGGACUAUCGGGAGUUUCAGAUUCUGGCUGUGCUCUCUCUCUUCUGUCAUCUCAAUCCCGGAACUCUUCAAGCCACUCAUCAGGAAUCCCCAUGGCUCGCCCAUUGGUCAUUCCAAGCAGCAGCCAUAGUAAUUACAGCCAGAGUCAGCUUACUGAGAACAUCGUAGGAAUGAGCUCACAGGCUUCUGCAAGUGCAGGAGUUUCAGAUAGGUUUCGAUCUGAGAUGAAUCCUGCCACUGAUGGAAGUCAUCUUAGUCCUGUGCUGGUAUCAGACAAUAGUAAUAUUCUCCAUUUUGAAAUGUCAGAUGGCAUGUUCCAGGGGCCAGGUUUUGUGAACAUAAAAGAUGGUCUUUCCUGUGAAGAUGGCCCUACUAUUGACUUGCUUCAACUAUCAUCACAGCUCCAGCGAGUUGAGCAUCAGAGGCAAUCCUCGCAGGCGAAGCAAGAAAAUGAUUCUUCCCGGUCUCUUCGGACUGCUUAAAGUACUCUGGAUGAGGAAACAAAACAGUGUAGAAGACACCUGUGCUCAUGAUCUUAAGUGCAAAUGGAAGCAUCGAAAGCCACCGGAAAGGACAACCUUGAGAUGGGCAUCUUCCAUUCUCACGAUGCAAACUAGGUUGAUUAGCUUGCUUAAGCUGACACGGAUUUCAAAGUCAUUAUCAUGAACUUACCAACUAAUCUAGUUUUUAUCAGUAACAAUGGUUGACAGUGGCACAUAAUGGUCCCUCAAUCUAAACAGAUGCCGCCUGCUUCAUUAGAGCCAAAUGUCGAUCAAAACUGGUUUGAUUUUGUGAAAAUCUCAAAUGCUGACUGUGUUGUUGACCUUCCCUAAUCAUGUACUAUCAUAACGCCACGUUAAAAAAUCAAGACAAAAGUUUCAAGCUGUAAACAUGGUAUCAACAGAAAAUACCAUUUGCGUUUAACAUCA